CUGAGGAACUCCAAUCAGUGGAUAUUGUUGGAAGAGCUAGAUGGCUUGCUAAUGAAAGAAAUGAAUUGAAGGGUGCUUCCUUGGACUUCUGUAGAUUGAAAGAUUCCAUUUGGGCAAUUGAUUUACCAGAAAAUGUCUCAUUUUCUGAUUUAGGUUCUCGCUUGGCUUGGCUUAAGGAAUCUUUUUACCGGGCUAAAGAUGAUAUAAAUAUGUUGCAAAAUGAAAUGUCCAGAACAAAGGAAGCUGCAAGUGAUGAGAUAGAUAAAUUGAGUGCUUUACAUUCGGCUGUACAACAAGAGGAGGACUAAAUUAAGGAAGAAUUAGAUCACCUCAGAAUUAAAAAAGAUGAAAUUGUUGCAAAGGCAGAACAGAUAUCAUUGGACAAGGAUCAUUUAAGUGAUUCACUUGCAGCAGAACUAACUGAGAUGGAUAAAGUCCAAAAGGAGUUGGAUGAUCUCACAAAUAAAUAUGAAAAUAUAGUUGGGAAGGUCCGUCAACUUUCAUCAGAGAAAGAUCAGAUGUUUCGGUUGUUGGUAGAGGGUUCUGGAAAAGUGAUGGGGGAUCAACAAGUGAUCGAAGAGACUUCUUCUAAUCUACCCGUGUUAAUAGAUAGGUGCUUAGAGAAGCUAAAGGAGCAAACAAGUCCAUCUCUGGAGACUCCUUUUGUGGAUGCAGAACUGUUUGAAAAAUACCAAAGUCUUUUGUAUGCUAGGGAUCUGGAGUUGAUGCUUUGUAAGGAAAUCCUAGAAGAAGAUAUGCUGGUGUGGUCACAACUAAAUGAUCUGUCAAAUCAGUUCAGAGUAACUUCUCAGGAACUUUUUUCAUUGAAGGAGGAGAAAGAUGUUCUGCAAAAAGAUCUUGAACGAUAAGAGGAGAAAGCUGGUCUGGUGAGGGAGAAGUUAACAAUGGCAGUUAAGAAAGGAAAGGGACUGGUUCAAGACCGGGGCAACUUAAAAAUUCUUCUGGAGGAAAAGAAGUCAGAAAUUUAGAAGCUGAGGCUUGAGAUACAACAGGAAGAAUCUAGAGUUGCUGAGUGCAGGGAUCAGAUCAGUACUUUGUCUGCUGAUUUAGAGCGUGUACCGAAGUUGGAGAGCAACCUUGUAGCUAUGAAAGAAGAAAGGGAUCAACUUGAGAAGUUCCUAACUGAGAGCAAUAACAUAUUGCAAAGGGUAGUUGAAUCUAUUGAUCGCAUUAUUAUUCCAGUUGACUCAGAAUUUCUAGAGCCUAUAGAGAAGCUGGACUUGCUUGCUGGGUAUAUUGAUGAUUGUCAGACUGCCAAUAGUUGAUGGAAGUGAAGGAAGAGUCUAGUAACCUGGCUGGCAAGUUAGCCCAGGCCCAAGAAACUAUGAAAUUACUUGAAGAUGCAUUGGCUGUUGUGAAAAAUGAUUUGUCUCAACUUGCUGAAGAGAGGAAGGAGAUGGAAUUUGAUAAAAGAAAUAUAGAAAUAGAGUUGCAGAAAACAAUUGAAGAAGCUUGUUUACUUGAAGAGGCUUGCGACUCUAGAAAGUCACUUGAAGAGGCAUUGUCACAGGCAGAAAAUAAAACUUCAGUGCUUAUCAGUGAGAAAGAGGAUGUCCAAGGUAACAAAGCUGCUUCAGAGAUGGAAGUGGAGAAAAUGAGAGAGGAAAUUGCUAUUCAGACCAGCAGACUCGCAGAGGCAUAUAACACUAUAACAACACUUGAAAAUGCACUUUCUCUGGCAGAGAAGACGGUUGCUUCACUAACUGAACAAAAUAACAAUGCACAAGUGGAAAUAACCAACUUAGACAAUGAGCUGAAGAAACUAAAAAAUGAAACUGAUACACACACUAGCCAGCUGAAAGAUGCUGGCAAAACCAUAAAAUCGCUGGACAAUGCGUUGUCUAAGGCAGAAAAUGACUUUUCUGCACUUCUAGAUGAAAAGAGAACUGCUGAUCAGGAGGUGUCAACUCUUAAUUCCAAAAUGAACGUAUGCAUGGAAGAGUUGGCUGGAAGCAGUGGCAACUUAGCAAGCAGAUCAAAGGAGUUGAUUGGUCAUCUCAACAAUCUUCAAAUGCUUGCCAAAGACCAAAGUUUGUUGUUUACAAUGAGACAAUGCUUUGACAGGAAUUCGGAGCGCCUUAAAGAUAUGGAUCUUACCAUUAAAAAUGUAAGGGAGUAUUUGUUUGACAAGGAUUUGAAACUGCUGCAAGGUUACCCAUUCAUUGAGGAUAUUGCUAGCCCGCUGAGACAAUUUUCUGAUGAUAGUGAUAAUACUUUAAACAUUGAAAUGGAGAAUGAUGAAGCAAAUGCAAUAAAUGCUGAUGAUGUUUCUUUAUGUUUUAGAAGGGUUACUGAAGGGUUUCAGAUGCGAAACAAAAUCCUUGCAGAUAGGUUUGAGGGCUUUUCAAGCUUCCUAGAUGAGUCAAUAGCAACCGUGUUAAAAAAAUUACAUGCCAUAGAGGAUGAGGUAAAAAGUAUGAUCAAGCAUAAGGAAUCCUUGAAACAAGAAAAUGUUCAAAAGGUGUUGGACGAUCUCACAAGUAAAUAUGAAAAAGUAGUUGAGAAGGUCCAUCAACUUUCAUUAGAAAAAGACCAGAUGGUCAAGUUGUUGGUAGAGGGUUCAGGAAUAGUGAUAGGCGAACAAGAAGGGACUGAAGAGGCUUCUUCUAAUCUACCUGGGCUAAUCUAUAGGUGCUUAGAGAAGAUAAAGGAACGAAGUGCAUCUUUGGAGACUCCUUUUGUGGAUGAAGAUCAUUUUGAAAAUUUUCAAAGUCUUUUGAAUGUUAGGGAUCUGGAGUUGAUGCUUUGUGAGGAAAUUCUGGAAGAAGAUAUGAUGGAGAGGUCACAACUGAAUGAUCUGUCAAAUCAGUUCAAAGUAACUUCUCAGGAACUUUUUGCAUUGAAGGAGGAGAAAGAUGUUCUGCAAAAAGGUCUUGAACAGUCGGAGGAGAAAUCUGGUCUGUUGAAGGAGAAGUUAUCAAUGGCAGUCAAGAAAUGAAAGGGAUUGGUUCAAGAUCGGGAAAAAUUGAAAGUUCUUAUGGAGGAAAAAAUGUCAGAAAUUGAGAAGUUGAGGCUUGAGUUACAACAGGAGGAAUCUAGAGUUGCUGAGUGCGAGGAGCAGAUCAGUUCUUUGUCUGCUGAUUUAGACAGCAUCCCAAAGUUGGAAAGCAACCUUGCAUCUAUAAAAGAGGAGAAGGAUCAACUUGAAAAGUUAUUGUUUGAGAGCAAUAGAAGAUUACAUAUGGUAGUUGAAUCUAUUAAUUGCAUUGUUAUUCCAGUGGACUCAGCAUUUCUAGAUCCUGUACAGAAGCUGAACUUGCUUUCUGAGUAUAUUUAUGAUUGUCAGACUGCCAAGAAACAGACUGAACAAGAGUUGAGGGAAGUGAAGGAAGAGGCUAGCGUCCUGGCUGGCAAGUUAGCAGAGGCCCGAGCAACUAUGAAAUUACUUGAAGACGCAUUGACUACAGUGAAAAAUGAUUUGGCUCAACUUGCUGGAGAGAAAAACGAGAUGGGAACUGGUAAAAAGAAUAUAGAAAUAGAGUUGCAGAAAACAAUUGAACAAAGAGAUGAAUCUCAAAGCAGGGUUUUCAAGUUGGAGAGUGAUGUAGAAGGAUUGGAAGGUUCAUGCAGAGAAAUGAGGCUUAAGAUAGCGGGUUAUCAAGCCAAAGAGGACAGAUGGGGGUAAAAAAAAGGCAGAACUUUUGUCAUCAUACAAUAGUUUGUUAAUGAAAGAUAAGGAAUCUGACGAGUUGAGGGAAGUGAAGGAAGAGGUGAGCAUCCUGGCUGGCAAGUUAGCAGUGGCCCAAGCAACUAUGAAAUUACUUGAAGACACAUUAACUACUGCAAAAAAUGCUUUGUCUCUACUUGCUGAAGAGAAAAAAGAGAUGGAAACUGGUAAAAAGAAUAUAGAAAUAGAGUUGCAGAAAACAAUUGAACAAAGAGAUGAAUCUCAAAGCAGGGUUUUCAAGUUGGAGAGUGAUGUAGAAGGAUUGGAAGGUUCAUGCAGAGAAAUGAGGCUUAAGAUAGAGGAUUAUCAAGCCAAAGAAGACAGAUGGAAGGAAAAAGAGGCAGAACUUUUGUCAUCGUACAAUAGUUUGUUAAUGAAAG